GUUAGGCAAUUCCGCGAAUAACAAGCAACAAACCUUCCCCCUUCAACACCACCAUUCUUUCUCAACCAUGUCGUCCAUGGAGGCUCUCCUCAAGGACGAGUCUACGAGGAAUAUCCGUAGACUGCUGAAGGUCGUUAUUCUCAUCACCAUUGCUGGUGCCGCCGUUUCGAGUCGGUUGUUUUCUGUUAUACGUAAGCCUUUACUGAUAAAACCCCUUUGUUUUGAGGAUUGUGUCUUUUACACGUCCGGAUUGGUGAAUUGGGGCUGAUUAUUGGUUCAGGAUUUGAAAGCAUUAUUCAUGAAUGUAGGAAUCCCCCCGUGGUCUAUCCGAGACAAUAUUGGGCCUUGGAGAAACUGUCACUUUUGGCAGUGGUACUGGUGAUAUUGGGGUGUGGAAAUCUGACGACGCUAUAGUUGAUCCAUGGUUUAACUUCCGUGCCUCGAAAUACCUCGUCAAGAACGGGUUUUACAAUUUCUGGGACUGGUUUGACGAUCGUACGCUCUCCUAUUCUUGAUUCUGCGUUCGGUUCCCUGCGCUUCACCCUGCGCGGGUUUCUGACUCCAGUGUGGCCUUUAGGAACAUGGCAUCCACUUGGUCGUGUUACCGGAGGAACUCUCUACCCAGGUCUCAUGGUGACCUCCGGCGCAAUCUACCACAUCCUUCGUAUGCUCUCUAUGCCUGUCGACAUCCGUAAUGUCUGCGUUCUCCUCGCCCCAGCCUUCUCCGGUCUCACAGCCCUCGCAACGUACCUCUUUACCAAGGAGAUGAAGGAUGAAUCCGCGGGUUUACUCGCUGCGGCAUUCAUUGGUAUUGCACCCGGUUACAUUUCUCGUUCCGUUGCAGGUUCAUACGAUAACGAGGCAAUCGCUAUCUUCUUGCUGAUGUUCACCUUCUACCUCUGGAUCAAGGCCUUGAAGGACGGGAGUGCUUUCUGGGGCGCUCUGUGUGCCCUGUUUUACUUUUACAUGGUUGCCGCUUGGGGUGGAUAUGUUUUCAUUACCAACAUGAUUCCUCUGCACGCGUUUGUGCUGGUCUUGAUGGGCAGAUACUCGCCGAGGUUGUAUGUCGCAUACACAAGUUGGUUUGCUCUUGGGACGUUGGGCAGUAUGCAGGUCCCGUUCGUCGGUUUCUUGCCCAUCAGAUCUUCUGAGCAUAUGGCCGCACUUGGUAUGAGCCCCCGAAUGUCUUAUUUCCGGCAAAGCAAUUGGCUAAUGCAUAUGCAGGUGUUUUUGGACUUCUCCAGCUUGUCGGAUUCGUCGAAUUUGUCCGAUACCAGGUUCCAUCUCGCCAGUUUAAGACAUUGCUCAAGGCUUUGAUCUUUGUCGUCUUUGCGUUGUCUUCUGCUGUACUCGUGCUUCUUACAGUUUCCGGAGUUAUCGCACCCUGGUCUGGUCGUUUCUAUUCACUCUGGGAUACUGGAUACGCCAAGAUCCACAUUCCUAUAAUUGCAUCCGUCUCGGAACAUCAGCCCACCGCAUGGCCUGCUUUCUUCUUCGACUUGGAGAUGCUCAUUUGGCUGUUCCCUGCCGGUGUCUACAUGUGUUUCAGCACUCUUCAGGACCAGCAUGUCUUUGUCAUCAUCUAUGCUAUCAUGGCCAGCUACUUUGCUGGUGUAAUGGUUCGCCUGAUGUUGACCUUGACACCUGUCGUCUGUGUUUCCGCUGCCAUUGCACUGUCGAACAUCCUGGAUACCUAUCUUUCAAUCAAGACCCCUCCAACUCCUACAGUGGGCGCCCCGGGUGCUGAUGAGAGGAAGGAGAAGAAGCCCCGUGUCAACAUUCUCAGUGCUGGCAAAGAUUCCAUUGUUGGGAUUUACUCCAAGGCUUCCAGCAUUGCGGUAAUUGCUGCCUUCAGCAUCUACCUCUUUGUUUUCGUCCUUCACUGCACUUGGGUUACCUCCAAUGCUUACUCCUCGCCAUCCGUUGUUUUGGCGUCCAGAUUGCCCGACGGAUCGCAGCACAUUAUUGACGAUUACCGUGAAGCCUACUACUGGCUCCGGAAGAAUACUCCGGACAAUGCCAAGAUUAUGAGUUGGUGGGAUUACGGGUACCAGAUCGGUGGUAUGGCUGACCGUACCACUUUGGUUGACAACAACACUUGGAACAAUACCCAUAUUGCUACUGUUGGAAAAGCUAUGAGCUCCCGUGAGGAAGUUGCGUAUCCCAUCUUGAGGCAGCACGAUGUUGACUACGUCCUUGUCAUCUUUGGUGGUCUUCUAGGAUACUCUGGCGAUGAUAUCAAUAAGGUACCAUUCUCCCCUUUACUUCUUUAAUCAAGCUCCGCUAAUGAACCCAGUUUCUCUGGAUGAUCCGUAUCGCAGAAGGCGUCUGGCCUGAGGAAGUUAAAGAACGCGACUUUUUUACCCCCCGCGGAGAAUACCGUGUUGAUGACGGCGCCACUGAUACCAUGAAGAACUCGAUAAUGUACAAGAUGUCGUACUACAACUACCAAUCUCUCUUCCCCGCCGGCCAAGCCCAAGACCGCGUCCGAAACGCAAAACUCCCAGCUGUUGGCCCCACUCUAAACAUCUUGGAUGAAGCCUUCACCAGCGAGAAUUGGAUUGUGAGAAUUUACAAGGUUAAGGAUUUGGACAACCUUGGCCGCGACCAUGCUUCUGCUGCUGCCUUCGAUGCGGGUAAGAAGAAGAGUAAGAGGACGAAGGCUGGCAAGGGCGCGCAGAGGAAGUUGAGAGUUGUUUAGAAUUUUCUUAUGUUGCUUUUGUUUUGUGAUUUUUUGUCGGGUUUUCCUUUUACCUGUAUUUUGUUCGGGAUGGAGUAGGAUGGAAUCGACGAAAAUGGAUGGAGCUGGAUAUAUACCUGAAUUGUAGCAGCCACCUUUUCUUUACUUCUUUUACUCUUACUCUAACUCUUUAUUCUUCUUACUCUUGAUUGGAUGGAUUGGAUGGUGUGGGUGGGGGGGUAAAAAAAAAAAAGUUGGAUGUUGGCGAUUGUAAGUUUACGGUUGUAGGGGAGUGGGAGCAUCG